AUGCUUGAAUUAUUUUUGCAGAAAGUAACAUUUUUUUUCCUUAAUCUAUCCUUUUGACUAGGUACNUUUAAAAAUAAGUUCAUUACUGAAAAAGAAAAAAUUCAACUCAAAGAAUUUAUUAUCGCUCAAGAUGAUUUCCUCACAUAAUAUUUUGAUUAAUAUGAGAGAAAUGAUAUUACAGAAUAAGAAUUGAGAGAAGUAUUUUCAUCAAUUUUAUUUAGAAAUUAAUCAAAUUGGUAAGGGCAGAUUUAUUUAAAGACACUAAUUUUAAGCGAAAUUGA